GGUUUGAAAAUGGACUUUGCUCGUAUCCCCACAUGAGAAGUGGAAAAUAGGAAUUGGUGGUCAUGACCAUUUUCCCACCCUUAUAACUGAGCAAUAUACGAACAAACCCAGCGCAAAUGAAUAGAAGAUGGCGAGCGAACAUCCAUCGACACUGAAAGACAGCCCGCCCGAUCAAACUGACAAUAGUCGGAAUUCUAGAAAAUCAGAAAAGCCUGCAAGUGCUAGCAGUAGCAGCGGUGAUUUCACUGACGGAGUUGGCGGAAACCUAACAACCCACGAAGCUGAAUCAGGCUUUGAAUCUGCAAAAAAGGAUAUAAGCACCAAAGAUUCAAGGAGAGACAGCGUGGCGGACAUCGAGAGAAAGUUGAGAUAUCUGAAGUUUCAAGACUAUGAGUUUGAUAAUGACGAUCAGUUCCAGUCGGGAUGGAAGACACUGUCAAGUGUUGUGCCAUCGGUUGAGCGAGACAAACACUACCUCAGAGCAAAACUUUUCUAUUAUUCGAAGCACAUUGAAGCUGUCGACAUUGAGGAAUACAUGAAGUGGAAAGAAAACCCUUUAAACCAGACUGAAGUAAAAGCUAAGACAGGUGUGGCAACACCACAGGUCCAGCAGUUGGAGGAUAAGGGAGGCAACUCCUGCAGCCCUGCUGCCAACACUGAGGACUCAGACAAGAACACUGUCUCUGAAUCAGGAACACUGACGUUCAGCGAAGUGAUUGACUUUAUCCAGAGUGGGAAGACAAUCCCAGGCCUUAAGACAGUGGACGUGAAGCCCACAGAUGCAGAUCCUUCACCAUCUGUCAUGGGCAGGAAACCCAAACCAUGGGAGAGGUGAUAAAUGUGACAAUCAUGGUGAUGUACGAUGUGAAUGAAUGACUUGGAGAUUUGAUUUGGGGAUUGACAGAAGAGGAAUAAAAUAUUUGCUCAAACUGUAUAUUAACACCAUGCUUAGCAAUAUUCGCGCUAUAUGACAGUGGUCUGUAAAUAAUCGAAUGUUGACCAGCCAGUUCAGUGAUUGACAUGAUGAGCAUCGAUCUAUACAAUUGGGACAUCAUAACAUGUAUCAACCAAGUCAGCGAACUUGACCACCCAAUUCCAUUUAUCACCUUUUACCACAGACAAUCAGGGGUUCCUGAAGACCGGUUCUGACCCAGAUCUUCAUGGGUCUAAACUGUAGACAAAAUAAACAUUUUUUUAGUUAGUCUCAGGAAUAAAAGAAAUAUGAUGAA